AGCGGCGAGGAGUGCGCCGGCGCGUCGUCGGGGACGCCGGCUCCGGGAUCUUGCUAGGGAACAGGUGUUGUCGCCCCGCCCCUCGUGGCUUUAGGUCCCGUUAACUGUCGGCGGGGCUGGCGCCGAAGCGCAGGGCGACAUGCCGGUGCGCUUCAAGGGGCUGAGUGAAUACCAGAGAAACUUUCUGUGGAAGAAGUCAUAUUUGUCAGAGUCCUACAACCCCUCAGUGGGGCGGAAGUACUCAGGGGCCGGACUUAGAUCGGAUCAGUUAGGGAUCACGAAAGAGCCAAGUUUUAUUUCAAAAAGGAGGGUUCCUUACCAUGACACUCAGAUUACAAAAUCCCUGGAGUGGAACGGAGCCAUCACAGAGGAUGCUAUGGUUGUCCCACCUGAGCCCCAGACCCUCCCAACACAAAAUCCACAGGAGACAGAGCCAAAGGAAGAUGCUAACCAAGAAAGAGCUCUCUCGUUAGAGGCUUCCAGGGUUCCCAAGAGAACUCGAUCUCAUUCUGCAGACUCCAGAGCUGAAGGGGCUUCAGGUGCUGUGGAAAAGCACCAGGAUGUAACAAGAAACCACGUUGUGGAUCCCAAAGAAGCAGAGUUGGAACUUUCUACCAAACCUCCUGCAGAGCGUGUAGAUCCCAGGUUGGAUAGGCAUCUUCGUAAGAAAGCUGGAUUGGCUGUUGUUCCGUCGUACAAUGCCUUGAGAAAUUCUGAAUACCAGAGGCAGUUUGUGUGGAAGACCCGUAAAGAGACUGCUCCUGUGUUUCCAGCCAGUCAGGUUUUCCGUAAUAAAAGCCAAAUUAUUCCACAAUUCAAAGGCAACACAGUCGUCCAUGAGACUGAAUACAGGCGGAAUUUCAAGGGUUUGUCUUCAGUGAAGGAACCAAAGCUAAGGGAGGGUUUGAAAGGGAACAGUGGCCUUAAGACAUUGUCUCCAGAGAAGAAGGCAGACGAGCCUUUAGAAUUAGAAGUAGAGAUGGCAUCAGAAGAUACAGACCAGCCUAAAAGGAAGCUUUCUUCGUGGAGACACCAAAGGCUUGGCAAGGUGAAUUCUGAAUAUAGAGCCAAGUUUCUGAGCCCAGCUCAGUAUUUAUAUAAAGCUGGAGCUUGGACACACAUGAAGGAGAACGUGCCAAACCAGACCUCCAGUCUCUCAACUGAAGGUCAUUGUCCAAUCAAUGAUGUAUGUGAUAAGAAGGCUGCUGACAGUUUGUGCCAUUGCUGCACGAAGGAAAGGGGUUCUCUAAAUGCCAUGUGGUAUGCAGAGGUUAAGGAACUCCGGGAAAAGGCUGAGUCUUACAGGAAGCGAGUUCAGGGAACACAUUUUUCUCGGGACCAUCUGAACCAGAUUCUGUCCAAUAGCAACUGCUGUUGGGAUGUCUCCUCAACCACGAGCUCAGAAGGAAGCAUUAGUAGCAACAUCCGAGCACUGGAUCUUGCCGGCAAUCUUACAGGCCACAAGACUCCCCAGAAACAUCCUUCUCCCAAACUAGAGGAAAGAAAAGUUGCCUUGGGAGAGCAGUCCCCGAAAAAUACCACUGGGAAGCAUGCCCUGCAAGAGGCGGCCACCCUGCCCGUCAGGAGGAAGCUGGCUUGGGACUCAGAGAGCCCCAACGAAGACACACAGGAGCAGCCCACGGGAGACGGGGAGGAGGAAAGGGGGAGAGACAAGCAGUUCUAUGUGGGCGAGUCCGAGAAACUGGACACACAGGACAAGUCUAACGCAGACAGAAUGAAAGAAAGGUCGGAGUUAUCUUCUGUUUCCUCAGGAAAGGGGGGAAGGCUUCCCACUCCGAAACUGAGAGAACUGGGCAUGCAGCGGACCCACCAUGACCUCACGACUCCGGCUGUUGGUGGGGCUGUCUUAGUGUCACCAUCUAAAGGGAAACCUUCAACCCCAGAGCAGAGGAAGAGAGCAUCCUCCCAGGAUGGCAUAGAUGCUCCGAAGAGAGACCUUCCUAAGACAGGAAACCACCGUGCUAUGUCUCUGCUGACUUCUCCUGCUGCUGGCAUCAAGACAGUUGAUCCCCUGCCUUUGCGGGAAGACUGGGAAGCCAAAGUUCCAGAAUAUCAGACAAACACCCCCGGGCAACAUUCCACUCCGGGUUUCCUACCUUACUGGCAUCCUUCCAGCAGGAUCCAAGGCCGGCUGCGAGACCCUCAGUUUCAGCAGAAUGUGGGGAAGCCGAGGAUGAACAGUUUGCAGUUACCGUCACCUGAAGCCUUUAAUGACGAAGAUGCCGACAGACUGUCUGAGAUCUCUGCCCGCUCUGCCGCUUCCAGUCUCCAGGCCUUUCAGACUCUAGCGCGAGCUCAGAAAAGAAAGGAGAAUUUCUGGGGCAAAACAUAAACCUGCUCUUCUUAUCUGGAGAUGUACCAGCAUCAUCUUUCUUUCCUGCUCACUGUGUUAGGAUGUUCAGAGUGUUUUAUUUCCUUCUGCUACUUCCAACUUCAUUAUUUGAUUUUUAAGUAGCUCAUCUUACCCAGAAAAUUUUAAUGCAGGAGUAUCUAAAUUUAACUCUUUGAGAAUUCUUUCCUGAAUUCCUGUUUAUCUGAACACGAAGACAUGGAUUAUGUAGUUUCUCACACAUUCUGCCUUUUAUGGCAGGUGUCGGGGGUGCCUGGUGGAAGUGUGAAUAUCACCUGUCCAGAGAAUAUUCUAAAGGGAUAAAAUUAAGUCAAAAUUAAGAUCUCCCAGAUUAUAUUCCCUCCCAGAAUGGUUGUAGCAUUUGUAGCCGUAGUAGUCGUGAAAGGAAUCUGCCAUUCCUUUGACUUUUACUUCAGCGUUUUUAUUAGCUCCUUCUGUAUACAGUGUUAGGAGAAUUGUACUUUGAAAUCCGGCUGUAUAUAUUUUUCUUAUUUAUGUAACAAAAUUUGCUGAGAGACUAUGUAUAUUUUUGAUCCUUUUGUGUAUUCUGUUUGUACAAUAACUGACAUACAUUUGAAUAAUGUCUAGAUUUUGAGGAAUUAUUUGUGUAAUGGAGAAUUAAAACUUUGUAGACAUUUAAAAAUGAAAAUUAAUUGUGCUUGGCUUCUCCAAAAGGUUAUCAUGUGGAAUAAAUGCCUUCUAGAAGCAUCUCCUAGAAUUGGUUAACUAAAGAUUACACUAUGUUUGCAGCUGUCAAAUGCAGUUGGACAGUCUGCAGUAUUUUUUUGUACAAAUACAGGAUUUUAAAAGCAUAUUCAUUAAA